UCGUGCCAGUCAGACGUAUCCGCCACGCCCCCGCGUCGCCCCCAUUGUGAAAAAGCUGGGGAAAGCCAGAAAAUCGUAACCGAAGCGAAGCGAGCGCGCGUUUUAAACGGCAUCGGAGAAUCGGAGAAUCCGAAAAGCGGAGAAUCGGAGAAUCGGACAUCGGAAGUUCUGCUUUGGAGUGGAGCAGCGUCGUCGUGACCGAGCUCGAACCAUCAUCAGUCGCUUUAACCCUGCUGCUCUUUUUGGGGGCAGCUGGUGGCCCAUGGAACUAUGCUCGGAUAUAUCAUCGUAUCGCCGCGCCAGCUAAAGCUAAUACUUCGACCAGACCGGGGAGAUAUGAAUACCUAACCUACGACACUAAAUCCAAAACCAAUCUGCAUCUAAAACCUAAAACCUAAAACUGAAAACCAAUUGCAUCUCCUAACUUACCGAUUGUGUCUGUGUGCCUGUGUGUGUAUGUGUGUGUUAUGUCUGUAAAUUUGGUUCGUUGUUGUUAGAUGUAAUACCAUACCAACACACACAAUACAACACAAAAAGCAAAACAAAACACCCCGCCUGAAAUAAAUCCAAAGCCUGCCCGCUAACGAUCAUGCAUAAACCAAAGCUAGCGAAUGCUAUAACCGCUGCUGCCAUUGCCUCAUCCAUAUCCACCAACAAAAGCAACAGCAACAGCAACAGCAACAACUUCAUCGGUGGCAGCAGCAGCGGCAGCUCCUCCGGUGGCAACAAGUCGAAGCGACCACGUCAGUUCGGCAAACACUCGUUCGGAUCGAGUGGGGGCGGGCAAUCGCUCCUCCGGCCGGACGACUCCGGCUUCGAGCACCUCGACCUCGACCACGACCACUCGUCACUAAUUGGGGAUUCGAUUGAUUUAGAGCACUACAUCAGCGCCAUGGAGGCCCGUCGACACGACCAGGAGCCAGAUGUCUGGGCCCAGCUGCAGCAGAAGGAGUCGGACAUCCUUUUGGCCGCCGAACUGGGCAAGGCCCUGCUGGAGAAGAACGAGGAGCUGGUCAAGCAGCAGGAGAAGCUCAUCGAGGACUAUUCCACCAAAAUUGAGAAUCUCGAGCAGGAAAAGCAUGUGCUGCGCCAGAAGUUGGCAAUUGCCGAGGACGAGAGCGAUCAGCGUGUCCUCGAGUUGCAGUCCGAUCUCACCGAGCUGAAGGACAAGCUGCAGACCCAGGACACGGCCAUUCGGCAGGCGGAGAAGGAGAAGACCAUCCUGAUCGACGAGCUGCAGCACCAGAACACACGCCUCACCGAACAGAUCCAGGAGGCCCACGCCACCGAGCUCAAGCUCAGCGCACAGAUCCAGGAGCUGAAGGACCAGUACCACUACAGGAACAGCAGCCUGCAGGAACAUGUCAACAGCCUGGAGUCCAUCAAGACAGAACUCAACCUCACCACGGGUAAGCGGCAGGAGCUGGAGCGUCGGCUGCAAGUCGCCCUGGAGGAAAAGGAGAGCCUCACCUCAUCGCUGGAGGAGUCCUCCGACAGAAUCCACAUGCUGGAGCGCCAUGCCCGCGAGCAGGAAACAAAAUUAGAGACCACCUUACAAGCAUUGGAACGCUCCCAGCGCGAAAACAAUGUACUCAGUGAACGUUUGGGUGCCGACACCAACUCAACGCCGGGCAGGAAGAGUCUGCAAUUUGAAAUGGAGUGCGAUGAGGACGAUGGCAGCUACACGGAAACGGGGAAGCCCAAUCAAAUGUUUAUUGAGGCUCGAUCCGUCUACAUACAACUUAAGUCCCUCGUGGAUUCGCUGAAAGUCAGCCACGAUGACGACUCAGGUCUCAACUCGGACAUAUCGCUGGAGCUGGAGUCGAUGGACAACACCAUAUCGAGCUCGGAGCGCCACGAGGACGGUCACCUGGCCAUCGAGUUCCGACAGGGCAUGCUUUCGGCGAUGUCCGACGAGCUGACCCGGCUGCUGCUCAACCUGGACGCCGGGAACUUCAAGAAGAUGCUGGACCAGACCCGUAAUCUGGUGCUGGAGCAGGAGGAUGAGAUCAAGCGCAGCCACCAGCUAAUCCAGCAGUUGGAGGCCAAGGUCACGGUGACCGAUGUGGAGUUGCAGAAUGUCAAGGAGGAGCGAGAUCAGGCUCGUGGUGAUCUGGAGGACAACACGGACCGCGAUGAGUUGCUGUCCAAGGCUCAAACCGAGCGGGAUGCGGCCAAUGAUCGGCGAACCAAGGCCGAGGUGGAGUUGGCCAAGACGCGGGUGGAGCUGAUGCAGGCGAAUAGCCAACUGCUCGAGUCCAUUCAGCAGAAGGUGGAGCUGUCGCAGCAGCUGGAACAGUGGCAGAUGGACAUGCACGAGCUGAUCGACGAGCAGAUGCGCUCCAAGCUGAUCAACAACCGGCGGGCGAUGGCCGCCGAGUCAUCCGCCCCAUCGCCUCCAAGCAGUGCCGCCGCCAAUCUGGCAAAGCGUGUGACCAGCUACAAGCUGUGGAGCUUAUUUCAGCGGUAAUUGGACGAACCUUACGACCCGCUGGAAGGUCUACGCCACCCUUUUGUUCUUAAUGUAGAAGAACGGAUCUAUAUAUUUUUAAUAUUUAUAUUUAUAUACACAACAAAACCACACACAAAUCGGAGAGCCUAGGCAUAUAUUGUACUUUAUUGUUAUUUGUAUACUGGAAGCAUCGACCUUCUUCUGUUCGUAGUAAAAUCUAUCUAAUUACGCUUUAUUAAUUUUAAACACUUACCGCAUAUUCGAUAUGAUUAUUGUACCUACUGUAAUUACUGUAAUUGUAACCCUAUUUGUACUUAUGUUUAAACACAAAUCGUAUAAGCGAACGCUUUGCGCCUCUAUCUCUCUAUUUAGUUUGUCCAGAAUUGUUCUUAAAUCCCUAUAUGGACCCCACAAGUAAUACUUAAGCGGUAAAGAAAUUUGAUCUUUUUUUAUGACAACCUGUUUUGUUACUUGUUGGGCCCGUUUAGGUGUUAAUUGUUAACUGAUAAUCAAAAAAAAUGAAAACAUAUCGCGCCUUUACGUUGGGGGCUUAAAAAGCCUCCUCUUCUCGGGAGAAACUGUUGCGAUUCAUCAAAAUCAAGUGAAACGAAAAUCAAAAUCUGUACGUAAGCAAAUAUUAUGUGUAAGCAAGGCAUUUAUGUUAUAGCAAGUAAAAAAUAUUUAUCAUGCUGGCAAUCGGAGGGAGCGCAGAAACGUUAAAAAACUGUGCAACAGACAAAACUUGCCUUAAUGAACGGACAAUGACAUUUUAGAUUGUUUAAAUAACAUAAAUUACCAAUAAACUUACGAAUAUACCACAA